AUGGUGCACAAGUCCUUUUACGAUGUGCUGCAAGUUGAUGCGAAUGCUGCCAUUGACGAGAUAAAGCUCGCCUUUAAACGCCGGGCUCUGCAAGUACAUCCAGACAAAGGUGGCAGCAAGGAGGCCUUUCAUUUGGUUCAGGAGGCAUUGGAGACUUUGUCUGACCCAGAAUUACGAAAAAAGUAUGACCGCCGUUUGGCGUCAUCGCAGGUGAGGAGGAAGCAAUCCGCAGAAGCCACAGGUCCCAGUGGCAAAAAAGAGGAAGCAAAGACAUCUUCCUCCUGUCCAAGCACAUCUGCAACGCAGAAGCCAUGCUCCUCCAAGAAAAGGCCCAGGGAUGCUGGGAACAAAGGAAAAUCAUUGUCGCUGGAGUCUAGACAACAGCAGUUGUUGAUAAAGGUUCAUGAUUUGUUGAAACAGUUACCCAGAGAAGCUCGGAACGAUGUGCUCAAAACGAAGUUCUCUGAGAAGCAGCGACUCAUCUUGGAGAAGUGGAUUGUGGAUACAACACGAGUAGAAUCUCCGCCGGUGCCUGUGGAGGCUCAACCACCAUCGCGAGUCGACACUGCAAAAGACGUGUCGAAGAACCGGUUUCCUCGGCACCUUGUACCAUUUCAAGAUCCUACUGGCAGCUUUCAUAUAAGACUCAAGCUCCAGCGGCAAAGUGUAGUUUCCAGGUCAAAAUCCCAAGUGAAGAAAAAGCGGGGUAAACGGACAAGGCGCACUUGUGGCAGCAUCCAAAAGGGAUGGCAAGGCUACGUGUCGACCAUCAUCUUUGACUGCAUUCAAAUCAGGUCUGGACAAUCUGAUUUGCAGACGGCACUUGAGCAUUUGAUGAUCUUAACCACUGCCAAGCAGAAGUACGUGCAAGGCUCGGAAGACAGCACCUUCGAAGAACGUCUGGAAAGAUCUUUGAAAUCUUCUGCCGACGAACACGGGAAACAAGUCAAAGAACUAGACCUGCGCUUCGCUGUUGUCCAGCCAGCCGCUUUCUUUGUGGGCUACCAGCGCCCUGUGCGAUCCCCAACAGUCCGCAGCAUUCAAGCACUUGGGAGGCAUCGCAACUCUUUGGCCCCGUUCCGUCAGUAUUCAAUCAAAAGCAAGCAGAGGCGAAGUCAGAUCUUCUGGUUCUUUUCCCCAAGCCACUUGGAAGAUACCUGGCAACGCUUUCAAAACACCGUGAAUGAGAUGUGGAGAGACUCUGACCCAAGCUAUUUGCAAAGAAUCUGCAUUUCUCGUGAAGCAAGCUUAGCUUCGCGCCAGAGAAUGCUGCAAUGGUGGGAGCGUGAGCAUAUGGCCCUACAAGAUGAGAAUAGACACCGACCAAAAUAUCUACAAGAGAAGGCGACUAAACAGCAGAAACAUCGGGAGCGAGAACAAAUGGCGAAGCAUGACAAGAAUCAGCAUCGCCCAUGCAGACUGCGCAUUUACACGCCUGAAGAAAUCAUGACAAGAAAGGUGCUGGCCUUGAACCAAAUCCUUGCGGCUUGGGGGUGUUUACUCCGCCAGGCUGAGCAAAGACGUCGCAAGGCGCUGCGGCAACGCAUGAAAGAGCGAGACGAGCGGAGAAGGCAGAAACUCUUGGCCCAGAGACGGAGCCAAGCUGAGGAAAGGCAAAGGCUAGCUCUCAAUCAUUUGAUCGCAUGUGUGUGGUAUGCCAUCUCCCUGAGUUUAUACCAGGGCGGUAGACCUGCUUGGGUGGAAGAGAGCGGCAUGUUAGCCGCGGAAUGGGACAAUCGCUACGUCACCAGUUUUCACUGGUCGAUUACCCAAUUCACACCGGCCUCGAAACCGGACAUCGACCCUGGGAACCUUGCAGCUCGGACGUUGACGUUACUGGCUCGAUAG